GCCAAGUGGAGAGCGAGGACGCUGGAUGCUGCAGUACAGCCCCUGAAGUGCGCCUGAAAACAAGCCCACUGUGUCCACAGACCGCGCUUGUCCUGCCCGGAAGAGUUGUCAUUGUGGGACUGAACGGCCUUUUUCGAGAGGAAAGAGGAAAACGAUUCUUUUUAGUCUCUCCCCAAGCCUUGAAAAGGAAUGCCAUCCAUAAACAUGAAACUGGAGAUGGUGACUCUCAUCGCCUGCGAUGUUGACACCGAGGUGUUUACCUCCGACAAAAUGCAGGAGCGGUUCGAGGCUCUGUUCCGUAUCUACGACGAGCAGACGUCGUUCCAGAUGUUCAAGAGCUUCAGACGGGUCCGGAUCAGCUUCAGCACCGCCGAGGCGGCCGCACGGGCCCGUAUCGAGCUGCACGAGUCCGAGUUCAACGGAUCCAAACUCAAGCUCUACUUCGCACAGGUGCAGAACUCAGGUGAGGAGGUGGACAAGUCGUUCCUGGCGCCCCCCCAGCCUGUGAAGCAGUUCCUGAUCUCCCCCCCGGCCUCCCCCCCCGUGGGCUGGGCUCAGAGCGAGGACGCCACGCCCGUCAUCAACUACGACCUGCUCUGCGCCGUCGCCAAACUGGGCCCAGGUGACAAGUACGAGCUGCAUGCGGGCACUGAGUCCACGCCCAGCGUGGUGGUGCACGUGUGCGACAGCGACGCCGAGAACGAGAACGAGAACGAGAACGAGGACAACGAGGCUCGGCCCAAGAUGAAGAUCGUCCAGACCCGACGCCCCGAGGGGCCCCCCAAAGUCUUCAACUAAACGCCCCGAAGCGUCCACCCUGCGAAGUGUCCACCCUCUGAUCUCUCUCUGUCUCUCUCCUGCACUCAGAGAAAGACACCCUUCAUUUCAGUUUAAAACAACAACAACAACAACAACAAACUUUUUAAAAAAAAAGAAGCAUACAAACAAAACUAACGAACGAACGAACGAACGUGCGAGUGAACUGCGGGGUGAUGUUUGUCGAACGGACGGACGUGCGACUGGGCUGCGGGGUGAUGUUUGUCAAAGGGACGGACUUGCGACUGGGCUGACGGACGGAGGUGACCUCCAGCUGGAUGGGCUUUCACUGGCUCUCAUCACACACUGGCCCAUGGGACCGUCCAUGAACCCCCCCACGCACCCCCCCACAGGGGCCCCCCUCCUGUCCUGCCCAUCUAGCGUAGUCUCUGUAUUGCAGUCCAUCCGUAGCGGUAGACAGGGCUAGAGUUAGCUAAGUCCUCCAUCUGCACUUAAGAGAGCUGCUCGCUUAAGACAGACGUCACCAAUGCUCGAAACCAUUCGGUUUGUUGUUUUCCUUAUUUUGGUUUUCUUUCUUUUUUGAUAAUUGUUAUUAUGACUUGUACUACUACUCUUACUAUAAGUAUCUGUUGGUCAUGCUUUUGUCUCUCAUAUCAGCUCUCCUCAUGUGAUUGCACAGCGAGGCCAGACGGCUGCCUGAACUCAUGCUUCUGUAUGUGGGUCUUUAUGUAGAAUACUUACAGACAAAACAAAUAAAAAACAAGUUCACACAGAAGAAGUGACAGACUAGCGAUAUGAUACAGGCCGCCACUGGUGUACCCUAACGGAGCUUCGGAGCUUUUGAGCUUUGUGAGAUCUGGGGUUAGGGAGACGGGGUUCUUUUUUAAGAAAAAAAAAAAAAAAACGAAGGGCGUUUGUUUACCGAUCUAGAUGUGUAUUCUUACCAUGUAUUUGAUACCACAAACAUUUUUGCAUGCUAACUAGCGUAGCGUAGUCAGGAGCUCGAGAGUUUUUUACUGAUCACCACUUACAGGGAUCUGGAGAGAUCUGGAGGUUUCUGGAGAGAUCUGGAGGUUUCUGGCGCUUGAUGUUCAUAUCAGAGGGCUGAGCCUGAUGGGCAUGGAAGGAUCGCAUGCAGUUGAGCGUGGCUCUGGUGUAGCUCUCGAGUGAACGGUAGCACUGUGGCGAGCGGCGCUCACUGGCUGGGUUUGAGCUCUACGUGGGCGUGAGCAGACCGCUGAAGUUUGUGGUUAUUUAAAGUUAAAAAUAUAAUGCAAAAAAGUGUGUUUAUUCUGAACUUUUUUUUACACUUAUUAUUCUAAUGGUUCUGAUUCCUACUCUUCUCCCUGUGUUCCUCCUGGAUGCUCGGGGGUUUUUGUGACUGGCUUGCUUACAGUGUGUUUUCUGUGUGCUGCUUCUGGUUGUCUUGCACUGAAACUCACUUGGUCGUUUCUGGCUUGCUUUUGUUUUUACUUUUGCUUUGUUGUUUUGUUUAUAUUUGCGUUUUUGUUCUGCUUAUUCUCUCUCCGUUGUGGGCCUGCUGGCUGCUGGCUGUUUUCCCUGCUGUAGUUAGUUCAGAUAGUCCAUUAGUUAGUAGAAUGGCUGCUGUAGCUAGUCUAAAUAGCGUGCUAGUUAGUAGAAUGGCUGCGGUAGCUAGUCCAGAUAGCGUGCUAGUUAGUAGAAUGGCUGCGGUAGCUAGUCAAGAUAGCGUGCUAGUUAGUAGAAUGGCUGCGGUAGCUAGUCAAGAUAGCGUGCUAGUUAGUAGAACGGCUGCGGUAGCUAGUCCAGAUAGCGUGCUAGUUAGUAGAACGGCUGCGGUAGCUAGUCCAGAUAGCGUGCUAGUUAGUAGAACGGCUGCGGUAGCCAGUGGAGAUGCAACCCUUUACCACAUCAUUCGCUUUGUGUGAUAAACCUUUCAAACUUAUUUCAGCUCCAAACCAGUACCUCCAUCACACACACACACACACACACACACCCAUUACACACUUAUGUUCACAGUAACCAAGGAACAAAAAGGGACAGCCUAUUUACCAGAAUAAGGCUUUUUUUUUAUCUUGUUUUUAUUUUACAAUCUCACUAUGAACACAUUUAAGUGAUGGUUGAUUGUUGAAGUUUGAUUACUAUUGGGUCUACUCACUGUAGAUACAAACACCCCAUUCAAAGAUCAGCCUUUACUGAUAAUAAGUACUUCAUAGUCCAGGCCCAUAUAAAAUGUGCUAUGAUAAGUUCAUAGGCCCAUAUAAUAUGUGCGAUGAGAGGCCCAGCUCAGCCCCACCAUGACCGAUUGGCGUAGUAGCACGUUUGAGUCAACUCCCAUUCAACUCCCUCUUAACCAGCCUUUGAUAAACGAGUUGGACAAGAAGCCAAACUGUGUUGGGGGGGCGGGGGUGGGGUGGG